AUAGAUGUGUGUAUAUAUAUAUAUGUAUAUAUAUAUAUGUAUAUAUAUAUAUGUGUAUAUAUAUAGAUGUGUGUAUAUAUAUAUAUGUAUAUAUAUAUAUUUUGUUAUAUAUAUAUGUAUAUAUAUAUAUCUAUCUUUCACAAUGACAUGUCACUGACAGUUUUGACCCAAUUUGCACCAAAUGGAGACAUUUUCCGAGGAUACUUUGUACUUGAACUGAAUGCGAUCCAAUUGCGUCUGCAUGGUUUUUACAUAUUUAACAAACUGAAUGUAUUGAAUCACAAUAUGUCAACUUCCACAACGGGACUCCAAGGGCUCUUUCAAAGGGCUGCUAAAGACCUUCAAUUAAAAGAGUGCCGUUUUGCAUCGUCGUCUUUUAUUGGCUUGUGCAAGAGCCAGACCUUUGGCAUUCAAGCCUGUUCUGUUCCUAUGACAACGGGGCAUAAACAAACCAGGAGCAAGGUUGAAUCUUUUCCUGUUGCCGUUUCAGCCUGCGCAAACUUGGUAAGCUUUUUAUAUUGUUGGGACAAGUUCUUUAAAUGUGUAUUUGUAAAUAUUUGGAAACAGCUACAUUUUUAAAGAAUUAAGACAUACUACAGAAUAUCUCAUUUAACAGAUGGACUGAUUUAAGGAAGUCAGCCUCAACUCAGACUAUGGCCACCAAAUCCACAAAAUCAAGAACUCAGAGCAUCAAACCCGCCAAGACUGGGAGUCCAAAGACAGGCAAAAAAAGGUCCUCUCGUGACAAAGCCGCCAAAAAAGACGUGGAAAUCCUCGGUCCAGCAGCCAUGCAGAACGUGUACUACAUUGCUCACAAUGCAGCUGCCUGCUUGGAGUUCAGAGGCUAUGGGUGGUUGAAGGACAAGAGAAAAAAGGGUAAAAAACGGAAAAAACGAAAGUAAGUUUUUCAACUGCAAAGUGAAGAGGAAUUUAUUCUGAUUCAACCACGUCAAUGAAAAAAUACACAAGUGUUGUGUAGCAUUUAUUCAUGUUUCUAUUGCAUCAUACAAUAUUACAUAAGUGUAUAUAGUGAGUAGGUUCUAAUUGUAUUGCAAUUACACCAGGUAAUUGUCAAAAAAGCUUGGCCAAAUGCUAACACAUUGGAUUUCCAAUGUAACUUUCAACCCAGUAAGCAUAAUAGAAAUAUAGGUAACAAUGAAACAUGUAAAUAUGUUUCAGGCACUGUCAAUAAUCCCCAUACAAAAUGUACACUUGUUCCACAACCCUGUAAAUAAAUACAUCAUCUGCAGAGUGCAUUAUUUUGCCGGAAACAUCAUCCAAGGUGCUCACUCUGGUGGCUUCUUCUUGGCCUCCACAUCUUUCUUGAAA